AUGUCUGAUCUAGAUAUCUUGAAUGGUAGUGACGAAUUCCCGUAUCCUAUCUCAAUCAACAGAACUGAUUUUAAGAGCUUUGAUCAAGCAGAAAUCGACGACUUUCUAUAUAAGAAUCAUCGAUUUACAUCAAUAGAUGUGUUAAUUAAGGAACUUACACAACUUUCUAAAGAUUUGAAUCAGAAUUUAUUGGAUUUAGUGAAUAAUGACUAUAAUGACUUUAUAAGAUUAGGAAAAUCAAUUAAUGGAGGUUUAGAUUUAAUUAAUCUAGUAUCAGGAGAUUUAAAGAGCUUUAAAUUUGAUUUAGUCAAUCAUUACAAGAGAUUCGAAGACUCCCAUCAAUUAUUAGAUAAUGCAUUAAAGAAAAGACAACAAUUGAUUCAUUUGAAGACACUUGCUAAAUUGAAUGUAGUACUAAAUGAUCAAGUAACUAAUUUUGAGAAUGCUCUAAUACUAGAUGCAAACGAACCUAGACGAGGCCAUCACAUUACUCCUGAAAAAUUAAAGAGUUUGACAGGAAUGUAUCUAUCAAUAUCUCAUCUAUAUCAAUUUGUAUGUUCACAUUCGGUGAUUUUUGAGUCAUCGGAUACCACAGCAGAUACUGAAUUAAAGGACACUAAUGAAAAAAACAACAUCCCUGCUAGUCUCUUUACGAAAAACUAUUUAAAUCAUAAGAUUGCAUCUAUAAAAUUUGAGUUCAAGACAUAUUUGGAUGAAAUUGUUAAGUUCAGUUUACGAGAUCAUGGCCAUAGUCGCAGCCUGGAUACCAGCGACUUGAUCCUUGAGCUUUUAAAUGUUUACAAAGUGAUUGGCCACGAGUCAGACUUGUUAGCGAUAAUUAGGCGAAAAUGA